AGUACGAAUUAAAUUAACACAGUUUAAUCAAAUACUGCAGUUUGUGAUAGUUAAAAAUUAAAUUUUCAAUUUUGUAAUAGGUAAACUAUCUUUUAUGUAAGUCGGUGAUUGAGGUAAAAAAAUGGGAUCCUUCGUGAUUUUAUUUUCAAUUGCAGUCAGUGCGAUAGUUGCAGUCUCUUCAAAUGCCGUUGAUUCAACCCGAAUCGUAGGUGGAUUUGUUUCACCAGAGGGCGGGUUCAAAUAUAUGGUUUCUCUGCAAGAAUUAAGCAAAAUACAAAAUUAUAGACGAGGGCACAGAUGUGGAGGGGCUCUGAUCUCAUACCAGCAUGCACUGACAGCUGCGUCGUGCACCUUCAAUGAAAACAAUGGGGCAUUCACACCUAUCAACGUGGCUGAAUUCCGUGUGUUCGCCGGUUCAGUGAUGCUUACUAACGACACAUCUGAAGACCGCGUUCGAAGUAUCGCAAAUAUCACAGUUCACCCCUCAUACUUGACAAGCCGACCGUUUGCUGAUGAUAUCGCUGUUAUAACCCUCACCGUUCCAUUCCCCAACAACGUGGUGAAACCAGUCCCUCUAUCCGAAAGAGAAGUUAGUCCUCAAGAAAUUGGAGCCUGCACCCUGUCGGGUUGGGGAAGUCAAAACUCAUCAGCUACUGAAAGUGCGCAAUUAAUUUACUCAUCCCAGACAAUUUUUGAUUGGAACGCGUGUGUGCUUGCGCACAGUAUUCUGCCUCCGCCACUCGUUAUACAACCCAGUAUGAUCUGCGCGUACCCGCAUAAUUCAUUAUCAGUUGGGUGCACUGGCGAUAUUGGCAACCCCUUGGUCUGCCAUGAUAGCCUUACGGGCAUUGCUGCUAAGACCCAAAACUGUAUUCAACCACCUAUGCCUGAGGUUUACACUAAGGUGUCCACGUACAUCCCAUGGAUUAACCGAGUCAUGAACGGUGCACCCUCAAUCGUGCAACCUGGUAUUGCUUUGUUAACUACGUUCGCAGUCAUAGUUUCUAAAAUCAUAACCUAGAAGCAUCUAGAAGUAACUAAACAGGGGCCCGAUUCUCCUAAGUUAAUAAUGUCAAAAUCGAAUCGCAAUAUGAUCGCAGUAGCAGUUUUAACCAUAUCGGGCAUUCUGCUACUAAUAAAAGACCAAUCGUAUUCGAUUGACAUUUGAUUGGUGUGCGGUUGGUCUGCUAUUUUGGUAAUUUUGGUCUAUACGGUAGUUUGCUGUACAAUCAUUUUGCAAUCGUAAAUCAUUUGCAGACAAAAUGAUUCAUUAUUGAAUGACAGAAAAGAAUAAAAACUUUUAUUUCAAAGAAAAAAUAACGGAAUGCCACAUACGCUUCAAUCGUAAUCGAGUCGGGAUCGGAUCUCAGUCGAAUCGAGGCGAACGUGAAUCGUAUGUCGCUUAAGUAAAAUUAGGAGUAUCGGGCCCCAGGAGUAUUUUUUCGUUAAUUUAUCAAUUAAUAAUUUAUUCAACCUUCAAUAAAUAUUAUUCGAUGGCAA